AGUAAAAUUCUAGUUGAUUCCAAAUUAAUUUUCGUUAUUUUAUUGCAUUUAUACAAUAUAAAAAUGGUACAUAAAAUAUUGGUUAUCUUUUAUAAAAAAUGAAAAUUUAUUAACAUGUUUUCUUUAUUAUGUAAUGCAUAAUGUACUUGCAUCAAACUUUAAUACUUAUUUGCAUCAAUUUUAUUAAUACUUCCAUAGAUUUAUGAGUGUAAAUAUAUACAUACAUAUUACCAAGAUUUUUGUUUAGUUAAAGUUCUUAUCUACAUUUUGAUAUGAUACUACAAGAAAAAAGAAUUUGAUUUCACAUUUAUAGAAUGAAACAUCACAUACAUAUAUUUUUCUUGUAAAUUAGAUAUAUAUUGAAAACCUAUCACUAAAUAUGUAAUACAGAUUUGAAACAUGUGUUCAUAAAAAUACACAAAAUUAUUUAAUGAUGCUCUAUUAUGAUUUAAAUUAAAAAUAUCUUAAUAGUUUUUUCCUUGUAAUGUACAUGUAAUGUUACAUUUAAUUAAUUUUUGUCAAUGAACACAUUCAUUUAUACAUAUUGUGCAGUAUACAGCAAUUAUUAUUUAAUGUGCUAGAUAGAAUUUUUUCCAAUUCAAGUUUUAUGCAUGCAAUGUAAUAUAAAAUAAACCAUAUACAUCUCACGUAUCUAAAGAAACAUUACUUGAAAACGUUUCUUUUCAUAUUUUUGAUAUUUCACAUAAUUAUUUAACUCAAAUUAUAUAUUAAAAUUAAAUUUAAGCAACGUUUUGAAAUAAUUUUUCUGAAUUGUAGAUGCAUUUUCAGUAUUUAAAAAUCACGUAAUAUAGACAAUAUAAAUUAGUUUAAUAAUGGAAAUGUAGUUCAGUAAAUAAUGAAAAUUAUAACUGAGAUGCAUUUUAAAUGCUACUAUUCAAAUCAAGACGUGGCCUCUUGCUGUGAACUGUAGCAGCAUCAUCUUCAGAGUCACCAUUAGCAGAUAAAAUAUCACGUUUUCUAUCAGCAUGCUAAAAAGAAUAUAAUUGAUAAAUAAAUUUAGUCCAAAAUACGAACAAAAAAUUGUUUAUAAAAAUAUAUGUAAGUUUAUACAUUUUUAUCCCAGUGUUGGUGAAGAUACCUUAGCAAAAUAGUUGUUUUUUCUGUUACUAUAACUGAAAAUAAUAACUAUAGUUAUAAUUAUUCAUUCUAAUAUUUACUACUGAACUAUAGAAAUAUAUUAAAAUUAUCUUACUUUGUUCUGAAGGAUGAUCUUUUGUAGGAAGAUAAACUGAAGGUUUUUUUACACAAGUUCUGUUUCCACUAUCUGUGUGAAAAUUAGCAAAGUUGUUUUCAUUGUGUGAAGGUAAACCCUUUAAGAACUCAGCAACAGACUAAAUAAAUAAAUCAGAAUUAUAAUUGAAUUAGGGAAAAUUAAUAAUUAAUUUAAUUUUUUAAUAAAAGUUUACUAAAAAUUCCUGACAUUCAUACAGAUAAAGUAAAAUUUAUUGAAAGAAAUAUUCACAAAUUGUUUUAUCUCGUAUAUUAUCUUAUGAUAACUACUACAGGAAAAUUAUUAGUUAAAUAAUUUAAAUUAUUUAUUUAAAAAUGAUUAUUAAAUAUUUAAAGGUAAUCUUACUAAUGAACAUUACAUCAAAGACAUGUAAAAAAUAAUUAUUUUUGACAACUGAAAUUUGGGUUAUGAUUAUUUGCUUUCAUAACAUUCCGACAUAAAUUGUAUAUAACCUAGAAAUCACCUCAUAAUGACAAACAAUUUGUAUAAGAUUUAAAUAAAAAUUAUAUCUUACCAUUUUAUAAUUAUCUGACAUAUCACGUUAUUAAUCACCUGAUAUAUUUUUUAUUUUUCACUAGAGAGGAUUAAUCUUUAAAGUUCUUUAAUUGAUGUGAGAUCAACUGCCAUCAUUACGACAAACAACCACAGAAUUCAAACUGUCUAGAUCUUAUUUCUCCUGCUAGUUAAUGAUAUAAGAAGUAACAAAAAACUAUGUCAUAAAUUUAAAGUGGAAGAAUAGAAAAUUCUUCAGCAUGUCGUACGUUAUAAAAAUAUAUUUAAAAAUUGCAGAAUAACUUUCUCUUUUGUUUUACAAUUAUGCAUACUUAUUAUUUAAUAAAAAAUUAAAUUACAAUAUAUACAUCAUUAUAAAAAGUAAUCCAGUACAAAAAUCUAUAAAUAACUUAAUAACUAUUACGAUAAUACAGUUUCAUUGUUAGUUUUCUCUUUCUUCUCAUUUCUCAAAAGAGAAACAAUAUGUAAUGUCGUAUAACAUUUUUUAUAACAUAAACAUAACCUAAAAAGAUCGUGGUUACCGAAAUGAAAUUAUCUUUUGUUUAAAAAUUAAUAUAAUGUAUAAGAAAAAAUGGAAGAAUUUAAAAAAACUUGAUGAUAAUAGCUACGAACUUGAACCAGAAACAGUUAGAAGGACACAAUGCUUGCUAAAAACUAAUUUUUCGCAUAUGGCAUUUGAUUCAAACGAAGAACGUUUUAUUGUAAUUGAUACAACAGGAUAUUUAUAUUAUAUCGAUUUAUCGAAUAGUUGCCCUUCCUAUCAAAAAUUGGGAAAUAUUGGACGUGCAACAUUUGUGGCAUUUAAUCCCAUAAAUAAAUUUGAAAUAUUGGUUGGUCUUACUACAGCUGACAUUAAAAUAUUGAGAAUAAACAGUGAUGUUUCUCAAUUUUGCUUAUUAAUUGCUCAUAAGAUACCACCAAUAUAUGUGUCUUUUUACAAAAACUAUUGUUUAACUUUUUCAUGUAAAGAAGCUAUAAUAUGGUGUUUAUACUCUUGUAGUAAAGCUCAACAAUUAAAAGUUUGUUCAAGAAAUUCUAUGAUAAAAAAGGCAAGUUUUUCAAACUUAGGGCAUAUUGUUGUUCUAUAUUAUAAUGAUAUUUUCCAAGUAUGGAAUUUCAAUCAAUUGGAAAAUAAUAUCAAAGUUGAUGCAAAGCUAUUUGGAAUACAAAAUAUUAAAGACUUCAUUUUUACACAAAAUGGGAGAGCAAUGAUUAUAGCUAAUGCUCAAAAUAAAGUUGUCAUUCUGAAUACAUGUAACUGGAAUUUAAUGAAAACGUUGAAUUUACCAGAAAAUUUUAUUGGAGCAAAAUGCUUAUUACUUGUACCAUCACCUUUGGAUGGCGGAGCAAACAAUAUAAUGGCAUAUAUUUCAUCAAACUGUAAUCUUUAUUUCUUUGACUUAAACCAAUCCUGUAUUAUCAAUACUCUACAGCCUGUUAAAUCAAUAAAAAAAAUUGUUGUUUCUCCGUCUGGUAGUUACAUAGCAUACAUAGAAAAGGAAGGUCAUCUUAAAUUAUUAAUCUGCGAAAAACUAUUUUCAAGAAAAUGCGAAUCUUUGCAAAAAUUAACAGAACCAAGUAAACCACUUGCACAUGGAAUACAUGAUCACUUACAAUGUGUUAGGAAGAACAUUAAACAUGAAUUACGUCUAGAAAGAUUAAUGCUUAUUUUAAAAGAAUUUGGAGAAUAUCCUGAAAAAUAUCGUAUAUUAAUAUGGUCAACUAUUUUAGACUUGCCAGCUAAUAAAAGUGCAUACAAUGCCUUGGCUAAUAAAGCUGCUAGUACAAAUUUUACUUCAAACAUUUUGAAGAAUUAUCCAUUAGCUAGUAAAAGUAAACAAAUAUUAUUAAUGACAACAGUUCAUUAUUUAAUACAAUGGUGUCCUUUGUUAAUACAAUGUUCAUUUUUACCAAACUUAGUUUACCCGUUUCUUAUGGUCUUUCAGAAAGAUAUAUUACUUAGUUUUGAAUUAAUUAUAAGUAUAUUAUUGAACUAUUGUCAAAAAUGGUUUGAAUAUCAUCCUUUACCACCGUUAAAUGUGUUAGGUAUAAUAGAAAAUAUUCUUUUACAAGCAGAUCCAUCUUUGUUGAAUGUUUUUUGUGAACAAGGAAUAACAUCUAGUGAAUAUGCAUGGCCUCUUCUAAAGACUGCAAUGAGUGAAGUCUUAUCUGGUCCUGAAUGGUUAAUUUUAUGGGACAAUCUAAUAUCCUUUAAAAAACCUUCGCUUUUAUUGAUAAGUAUUGUGGCAUAUAGUAUAUGCUCCCGUGAAAUUAUCAUUUCCUCAUUACAAACACAAGAAAAUAUUAAAAAGUAUUUUAUUAAACAAGGUCAUAUUAGAGCACAAGAAUUACUAAAAGUUGCUCAACAACUUGAUAAUAAUUUACCAUUAAGAAUACAUCCUAACCAUUAUCUCAGGAAUGAAAUAAUUACAUUACCAUCCAAGACACCAUAUCCAUCUAUUAUGUCACAUGAUUUUCCGAAAUUUUUAACAGACAAAAUAUCUAUUUUUGAAUUAGAAAAGUUGAAAAAAAGAAGACUCGUGCAUGAACACAAACAAAAAGCUAUAGAAAUUACAGAAACGAAUAGACUAAAACAUGAAACAAAAACUUUCAUGGAUCAGGUCAACGAAAUAAGAUUAAAUGAGGCACAGAAAUGUUUCAAAGAACAGUUAUUUGAUUGGGAAAUAAGAACAGCUAAACAAGAACCAGCGAAAACAUGCAAAGUUAGUCGUGAACAAAUUUGUGAUCAAUUUCAUGAUACCUUACAUUUAGAUUUAGAUACUACAAGUGAUAAAGAUAUUCUAGAUUUGAAAAGCAAAAAAACAGAACGACUGCAAAAAGAUGUAGACAACUUGGAAUAUGAAGUACAAAGUUUUUUAAAUUCAUUAAGAUCUCAAAAAUCAAAAAAUAAUUAA